AUGGCGGAAAUUAAUGAAGAGUCUCGUGCGAACUUGUCUAAUUUUGGUGGCAUGAAUGAGUCUGAGGAUCUGGAUGAUAACUCAGGUAAUUCUGAUGAAGAUGAUGUGGUCAAUAAUGAGGAGGGCCAGCAACAGUGCAAGUUAGUUCCCGAGUUGAGUAUUGAUGAAAUUAGGGAGCUAGAGUUUUUGUCUGAGCAGGAUGCCAUUGAGUUUUACCAGCACUAUGCCCAGUUUAAAGGUUUUGGGGUUAGGAAGGAUGAUGUUCGGCGCGAUGCAAAGGGUAAUGUUAUUAGUCGCCAGCUUGUUUGUAAUAGGGAGGGUGAGAGACAUGAAAAGCAUUUGAAAAAGGUUAGUCGAGUGAAAGAGGCUAAGCCAAUUACCAGAGUAUCAUGCCAGGCUAAAUUUCGUGUACGUUUAGAGGCAAAGUCCAAGAAGUGGAGGGUUUAUUAUUUUGAACCUGAGCACAAUCAUGAUUUGACACUGGCUCAGCAAGUUCAUUUAAUCUCGGCAUUCAGGGAAUUGACGAAUGGUGACAAGGCUCAAGUUGACACACUAAAGCUGUAUGGCGUGAGGAGUUGCAACAUAAUGGGUCUCUUGAUGGGACAAAAAGGAGGUCAUGAUUCAGUUGAUUUUUUGAAAAAGGACUUGUACAACCAUGUUGAUAAGAAUAAAAGAAUAAGUUCAGGUGCUGGUGAUGUUGCUGGUUCAUUAAACUAUUUUACGCGUAAAGGGGAGAAGGAUUCGAUGUUCUAUUUCAGGUUCACGAGAACAAGUAAUGAUAAUCUUGAAAAAUUAUUUUGGUGUGAUGGAACCAGUCGUCUUGACUACCAAGCUUUUGGAGAUGUAGUAGUGUUUGACAGCACUUACAAAAAGAACAAGUACAACAAGCCUGUUGUUAUAUUUUCUGGUUACAAUCAUCACAAGGAGACUGCCAUUUUUGCUUGUGCAUUGGUUUCUGACGAGACCGUGGAUACUUACAGGUGGGUUUUGCAGAGAUUGGAUGAAGCUAUGUUUGGGAAGCAUCCUAAAGCUUUCGUGACAGAUGGAGAUAAAGCUAUGCGUGAGGCAAUAAAGGUUGUGUUUCCAAAUUCAACCCACAGGCUUUGUGGAUGGCACAUUCAGCAAAAUGCAGUUAAGAAAAUUCAUUUGGAUAAUUUCUUAGAUGACUUUAACUAUUUGAUCUUUGGUAAUUUCAGUCCUCAGCGGUUUGAAUCAAAGUGA